UGCGGGGACGGGCCUGUGACACAGCCCUAUACUCCUCGAGAUGGUCUUUGGCCGUAUGAAAUCCAAUAUCUCCGCGUAUUUCUCGAUACCUAUGUGAAUGUCCUCACGGAAACAGUUGGGAUAUACUACCCUGAUAUUUUUUUCGCACGGGGAUUCUCAUGAACCCCUGAACCCUUCCCAUCUUCAUAUAGCAGCCCGCCUCGAACAGUCGAGAUGCCGCGACUCCCCCAAUGCGCGCUCCCGCUCCCGGGGCCGCUCAAAGCCCUCCCGAUGCCGGUGGUCCGGAUAAUCGGGCUCCUGAUCCUGUCCAACCUGAUAGUCUGGGCGGCCGUCGGCGUGGUCCUGCGCUUCCACCCAACGAUGAUCAGCCCAGCGGUGCUCUCGUACACGCUGGGGCUGCGGCACGCGCUCGACGCCGACCACAUCAGCGCCAUCGACCUGAUGACGCGGCGGCUGAUCGCGUCGGGCCAGCGCCCCGUCACCGUCGGCACCUUCUUCAGCCUCGGGCACUCGACCAUCGUGCUCGUUACCUGCGUCGUCGUCGCGGCUACCUCGGGAGCCCUGCGCGACCGCUUCGCCGGCUUCCAGUACGUCGGCGGUAUCGUGGGAACGAGCGUCAGCGCUGCGUUUCUGAUCUUGCUGUGUUUGGGUAACGGGUGGGUUUUGUGGCGUCUUGUGCGCCGGCUAAGCGUUGUGCUGAGGGAGGAGGGGGAGGACCCGCGUCGCGCGGAGCGGGAGGGUGAGGAUGAGGAUCAGGCUGCGGCGAACUUGCAGCUUGAGGGCGCUGGGUUCCUGGCUAAUGUUUUCCGGAAGCUGUUCCGCAUCGUGGAUCGUCCGUGGAAGAUGUAUCCCCUAGGCGUCCUUUUUGGAUUAGGAUUCGAUACGAGUUCCGAGAUUGCCAUUCUGGGUAUUGCAAGUAUCCAGGGGGCACAAGGGACGAGUCUUUGGAUUAUCCUCAUUUUCCCGCUGUUAUUCACCGCGGGUAUGUGUAUGCUCGACACAACAGACGGCGCCCUGAUGAUGGCAUUAUACACGUCCAAAGCGUUCGCCCGAGACACCGUCGCCAUCCUCUACUACUCCAUCGUUCUGACCGGCAUAACGGUAGUGGUUUCGGCCUUCAUCGGCAUUAUCCAGCUGCUAUCUCUCGUUCAAAACGUCGCCGAACCCGAGGGCACUUUCUGGGACGGUCUAAGCGAGAUCAGCGAUCAUUUCGAGAUCGUAGGUGGCUGCAUUUGCGGCCUCUUCCUCGUAGCUGGGCUUGGGUCUGUGCUUGUUUACGGGCCUUGGAGACGGAGGGCCGAGAGAAGGAGAGCGCGGGCGGUGGAAAGGUUGCCGAGUGAUGACGCCGGUGGUGAGUUUCGGGAUGUAGAGAACUGAUCUACUGGGCCUCAUCUAGUGAAUAAGUGGGUAGAAAGGUGCGGUUAUCUACAUACCUAGGCAUAUCAUAUUUGCUGUGUGGACGUCUAUACAUAUAUCUGGAGACUUAGAGCACGCAUGCGUAUUACUAGUAGCGCUUUGGGUUACCUUGAAGACAUGGCAUCACAUACGCAAAUAAGGCUGAAUUGACUCGGAUACGAGGAUCUGCAAUGUUUUUCAUACAAGGAUGAAGAGGGAUUCGGAGAGACUACGCUACAUUCUCGCAAACGCUGGAACUGAACCAACUCCCCUCACCUCACCCCCUUUUUACCCUAACGUCCACCCGAUGCGUAAA